CUACCUAUGGACCGCCUCACCUGUUGCAAGGGGGCGUGGAAACGGAAGUCGAGCUCGCCGAGGUCAGAGGCCGGCUGUGUUGAUGUUGACACUAGGCCGGGCCGUAGUAGCUGCCGCUGUCAGGAUACCACGAAAGACCCGAAAGACAAGAGAGGGAAGAGUCAGAUUUGGUCGACUUGGGCUGCUCAGGAUAACUGCUUUCUUCUCCGGCGCCUCCUCGGGAUUGAUUGAUUCGCUCUCUUCCGUUUCCCUGCUGAGUGGUGGUUUUGGGGAAAGCGAUACACCGUGAUUGACCCUGUCAUCCGGGCACUUGUCGCCGCCUUCCCCUUGUACCCUUUUCUAUAAAGAGUGUUUUACCAUCCCCUUUAAGCCCUGCGCCCACAUAGUUGCCCUUACUCCGUUUUCCCCUUAGCCCUCUUCAUCCGGGUAACCUGCCUACUACUUAGCCCUCUUCAUCCGGGUAAUCUGCUUGCCCCCUUAGCCCUCUUCGUCCCGGUAUUUACCCUUCGUCCCUCUCUCUUUUUCAGAUACUUUUUUCAUUUAUUUCUCCCUCCUUCUGCUUCAUCUCUUCCCCCCUCCACCUCGGAACCUGACCCAUAUUAGUCCUUACAUACGGGUACUCUACAAACCUAUCGUCCCUUGUUCAUUUGGGUAACUCAUUCCUUGUCCUCUUCAUCCGGGUACUUGCACCCACCCACCUCACCCCGCGCUCCCUGAGAGGUCGCCGGCCUCUUCCUCCCAUCCUCUUGCUCCCACCCGCUCUUGCCAUGACUAUCUUGCCCAAGAAGAAGGCUUGCCCGGCAGCAGGGGACGGAGACAGGGACCAGCCUGGCUCUCGGGGAGGAGGCCCGGGUGGCCCAGGGGGUCCCGGCGGCGUUGGAGGCCCAGACCCCCGAGGCUGCUCUGGCGCUGACUCGCACCCGCGAGGCACCGGCGGAGGCGUCGGAGGAGGAGUCGGCCCCGGUGACCCACACUCAGGACGCGGUGGCGCCCGACCCCGGGCCUCGCCUCCUCCGCCGCCACCCCGCUGGGGUCUGCCCCCCGCUGGGUCCCCUCCGCCGCCCAAUCCCGGGGUCGGAGCCGGUGGCGACGGGCCCGGCCUCGGCCUGCUGGACUCCGGAGUGGCCGAGGCGCGGGGCGGGGUCGGUGGCGGCUGCUGCUCCGGCCCUGGCCACAGUAAGAGGCGGCGGCAGGGGGGGCCUGGCGGGGGCCUGGGAGCGGCGGGGCCUGGCGGAGGGGGAGGCAACAGUCCCGAGCAAGAUGAGGCCGGCGCCGGCUACAACAGUGAGGACGAAUACGAGACGGCGGCGGCCCGCAUCGAGAGCAUGGAUCCGGCCACCGUGGAGCAGCAGGAACACAGGUUCGAGAAGGCGCUGAGAGAGAAGAAAGGGUUCAUCAUAAAACAGAUGAAGGAAGAUGGGGCCUGCUUGUUCCGGGCUGUGGCUGACCAGGUAUACGGUGACCAAGAUAUGCACGAAGUGGUCAGGAAGCACUGUAUGGACUACCUGAUGAAGAAUGCUGAUUACUUCUCCAAUUACGUGACGGAAGAUUUCACCACUUACAUUAACCGGAAGCGGAAAAACAACUGUCAUGGCAACCACAUUGAGAUGCAGGCUAUGGCAGAGAUGUACAAUAGACCUGUGGAGGUUUACCAGUAUGGCACAGAGCCCAUCAACACUUUCCACGGCAUCCAUCAGAAUGAGGAUGAACCCAUCCGGGUGAGCUAUCACCGCAACAUACAUUACAACUCCGUGGUGAACCCCAACAAGGCUACCAUUGGGGUGGGAUUGGGGCUGCCUUCCUUCAAGCCAGGGUAUGCAGAGCAGUCCUUGAUGAAAAAUGCAAUCAAGACAUCGGAGGAGUCGUGGAUCGAGCAACAAAUGCUGGAAGAUAAGAAGCGAGCAACAGACUGGGAAGCAACCAACGAGGCCAUUGAGGAGCAGGUUGCCAGGGAGUCUUAUUUGCAGUGGUUGCGUGACCAGGAAAAGCAGGCCAGACAGCCUCGCAAAGCCAGCGCUACCUGCAGCUCUGCCACAGCAGCCGCAGCCAGUGGUUUGGAAGAAUGGAGUGGCCGGUCACCACGCCAGCGCAGUUCAGCGUCUUCCCCAGAGCACCCAGACUUGCACAAUGAGUUGAAUGCUGCCAAACCACCUUCCCCUGGAAACACCACAACUCUAGCACUUACAAAGCCCCCCUCGCCAUGCGCUCCUGGUACAAGCAGCCAGCUUUCUGCCGGCAGUGGCCGAGCAACCCCUCCCUUAGUGUCAUUGUAUCCAGCCCUGGAGUGCCGGGCAAUCAUGCAACAGAUGUCACCCACAGCAUUCGGCUUGAGCGACUGGGAUGACGACGAGAUCUUGGCUUCGGUGCUGGCAGUGUCACAACAGGAGUACUUGGAAAGCAUGAAGAAGAGUGCCCUGCACAGAGACAGUGGUUCAGACAAAAGUUGAUAACUCGCAGCGCCUGUGCUCACCUGACACCCCUUAGGUGCAUGUUUUGGCAAGAAGGAUGACAAUACCUGGGACCCCUCCCCUCCUCCUCUGCUGAUCAACGCUCCUUCGGCUGCCCUUUUGCCCCUCAUUUUUUGGCUCUUUGCAUCCAACCUCCAGUGUGUUUGGGGGAGAAGCAAGAGAAGGACAGGACCUCCUCUGCAAGGAGCUGGAACACACACAAACUGGGGCAUGCUGGGCUUCCCCCUUCAUCAGCCGUUCCUUCAUUAUUAAAAAAAAAUGAUCUGGUCCUAAGUGAGCCCUCCCCACUUUGGAAUGAGGGUGUGUGUGUUACAGUUUGCAUAUGGGGGGGGAGAUGCGGGAAGGGACUCUUCAGGUUGGAUUUAGGGGAGUGGAGAGAAGCUCAGCUGCUUCUGCGGAAGCAGUGUGUGACUGUAGGGCCUGCCAAGUUCUCUCACCCUGGGAGCUGGGACUGUAACCAUGUUCGGGCAUGGAGAUGGGGUUAGCAGUGUGUGUACUGUUCUUUCGCCUGCACUCUUUUUACACUAGUGCCCUGGGCUUCUAAUGGAAGGGACUUCAGUGGAGCGGGCCCUAAACCAGCAGCCAGUUAAUAUCACUCCACCUUCAUCUCUGAGGAACAGCUUUUGGUUGUCUGCAGUAGCACCACCACCCUUGCUGUCUCUUCUUUCUCCGUGCGACAGCCUCUCUUUCUUGCUUCCUGCCCAUGUGUCAGUCCCCGUUUGUUCACAUGUGGCUCCUGACAUCCCCAGAGUGUACCACUGCUCCCGUGGCUCCUAACUUUUUUGCCCCACUUCACUGGUCUCCAUGGAGCUGUUCUGUGCAUGUUGGCCUGUCUUUGCCUCACCUGCUGCUGACUCUUCUAUUCUCCCUGUGCCUGGCAGCAGGGGGGCAUCACUUGUCAUUCAGUGUCAAUACCUCCCAGGAAUGGGCCUGGCCUUAGUUGCAGAAUGGAGAGGAGCUGUUGGCAACAAAAUGGACUCUGACAGGUCAAAAGCUGGAGGCUGCAACUGCAAUGGUGGGAAGGUACCAGCUCUCUCCUGUGGCGAAAAUAGAUGUCGAAUCCCAUGGUUAGGGCCAAUGCAAAUAGGGUGGGAGGGGCACCUGUCCCAUGAGGGCCUAGACUGUUGGCAGGUUGGCUUAAAGGUAAAUAACUCCUAGAAAGGAAAGAUGUCUGGCAUCCUUACCUCUUCUAAGUGUGGUGUCUUCCUCACUACUGCUGUGGUUAUAAUUCACCUAUUGUGGCCAUUUUUUUACUCUCAAAGCCUGGGUCUGAACAAAUGUUUCUGCCUUCUCUGUUCGUGCAAGGGCACAGCACCAGUGUGCUCAACUACUCCUGCAUCUUUCUGCUGUGCCCAAAAUUCAUGAAGGGGUGGGAUUUGCUAAAGCUCCUGCCCCAUUACAUUGCUUUCUAAGGCUCCAAAGAGGCAGCUUUGAACAGGGGAGAAGGAAGUAGGUAGUCUACUACUUUAGGAAAAACUGGUCCAUGGGAGACUGGUUUAAAAGUGGUAUUUGGUGCCUGAAAUAAAGUAUGGGAAGAAUUUAUCUCCUGCACUCUACUUCUCUCUCUCUCUCUCUCUCUCUCUCCCUCUCUCCCUCUCCCCGCCUCCCUCCCUCUCUCUCCCUUCUCCCUUCACGUUUCACCUGUGAGAGAGGUGAUGAACUCCCUUGUACAGAAUGAAAAAAUGAAGUGGGAACAGGUGAGGAUGUACUUGAAGACUAUGAGAACAAAGCAAACUGUUCAAGUCUGUUUCUUUGAUGUGCUUUCUUGUUCCUACAAACCUCACUGGUAGCUGGAGGUGAAUAGUGUAGCCUGUCCUUGCUUCUCCAUGGGGCCUUGCAUUCAGCUUCCAUGAUCCCCACAACAGUGGUAAACAGCUGCUGGUUUUCAACUGUUUAGGACUGAAUGCUAAAAGGGCCACACUUACAUGUGCCCUGUGCCCCACCCUAUGUGCUGGUUUACUGCCAAUUAGCAAUGAAAAUCUCUUGACCCGAAAUGCCAAAUUCUGCAAGACUGAUAUAAGCAGAAUAAAUCAUGUAAAUAUGA